CUGGUCUGGCUUUUAUUUCACACACUUCCGGCUAUUGCACGUGUAUAAACACAAAUUUUAUUUAUUUUUUUCUGAAUAUAACGAUGGGAAGGUACGCCAGAAAGAAGCAACAUAAAGGAGAUAAACCUUUGAAAGAAAAGUACCGAACGAAAAGAAAGACAAAAGAUUUAGACCAAAUUCACGAAGAUAUGUUACCUAAAAAUUCAACCAAACUUCUGGAGCAAGAAGUAAAUUUAGAUAAACCAGGCGGAGCUCAAUUUUAUUGUCUUCAUUGUGCAAAAUAUUGCAUAAAUAACCAGGCUCUGAAAGAACACUUUAGAAGUAAACCUCAUAAGAGAAGGGUAAAAGCAUUACAGGUAGAACCCUACACACAAGAGGAGGCAGACAGAGCUGCUGGUAUGGGAUCUUACAAAGAACCAAAAAAACUACAGGUGGAAACACAGUCAAUUAAAGAAGAUAUGGACACUGAACUUUGUGAAGAAGACAAAACAUGACUGACAUAUGAUCAGAAUAAAUUAGCUGUGAUAAUAUUUGUUGACUAAAAGGAAGGAAAAAUGUGCACACAAUAAGUAAAAUGUUUAAACUCUAA